UUAACUUCUUCUUGAUAUAAUAUGCAAACGUUGAAUAAGUUGAAUAUGCAUCUGGGAUUGGAGGCUUCAAAAUGUCUACAAUUUAGCAAAUUUCUAGUUAUGUGGCGAGUGGUUUCAACCAUUGUGUUUUUUCUGGUAUUGGUGAUAUUGUCAUUCUUGCAAAAUAGAGGGAAAGAACAGGUUGGUAGUAGAAUCGAAACUUGCUUCGUACUGUCCCUGAAAGUUGCAAAGAUUUUCGGCUUCAGUUCUUCAUUUGUUUCCAUGAGUAAGUUAGAAGGUGUCCAAGCUAACACUACAGUCUGUUCAGAAAUGAGAAAAAAUAAUUGCUCUUGGGUUCCAGUAUUGGAGGAGUUCACUUUUAUUGCUAAGUCUGCACCGUUUAAUAACUGUCAUGCUUCUACCAUUGUUGAGGUUGAUAAAGGUCAUUUUUUGGUUGCUUAUUUUGGUGGCACGGUAGAGGGAGCCCCUGACGUGAAAAUUUGGAUACAGACAUAUAAGGAUGGCCUUUGGAACCCUCCUGUUAUUGCAGAUGAAGAAUACAAUGUUUCAAUGUGGAAUCCUGUAUUAUUUAAGCUCACCUCGAAUGAAUUGCUUUUAUUCUACAGAAUUGGGCAAGACGUUCAAAAAUGGAGUGGAUUCAUGAAGCGGUCUGAUGAUGGAGGCAUCACUUGGAAAGAAAGGGAACAACUUCCUCCCGGUAUUUUGGGACCAAUUAAGAACAAGCCCAUCUUGCUUGCAAAUGGGGACUUGGUUUGCGGAUCUUCUGUUGAGAGUUGGAAUUCUUGGGGCGCUUGGAUUGAGAUAACUUCAGAUGCAGGUAAAUCAUGGAAAAAGUAUGGACCAAUAUACAUUGAGAAUAAUCCUCUCAGUGUGAUUCAACCCGUUCCGUACCUGACUGCAAAUGGAGCCUUGCGCGUGCUGCUGAGAUCAUUUACAAACAUAAGUAGAAUUUGUAUGUCAGAAUCUGAAGAUGGAGGUCACAGCUGGAGCUUUGCAAAGCCUACAGAACUUCCGAACCCAAACUCAGGUAUUGAUGGGGUGAAGCUGAGAGAUGGACGUCUUUUGGUAGCUUAUAAUACAAUCUCGAGGGGUGUCCUCAAAGUUGCUGUCUCCCCUGAUGAUGGAGACUCAUGGCAAGAGGUGACAACGCUAGAGGAGACUGAGGGAAUGGAGUUUUCAUAUCCAGCUGUUAUCCAAGCUAGUGAUGAUCUAGUUCACAUCACAUAUACGUACAACAGGACACAGAUUAAGCAUGUAGUCCUUAAUCCCAUUUGAUCAAGUGGCGCAUUUUAAAGUCAACUCGUGGAUGAAAGAAGACUGUAUGCAACGGUAAAAGGAUACUCAAGAGACUUGAAGUUGAUCCUGAGCAGUGGCCGCUGGAUGCUCAAACGAAGAGUUGCUGUUUAUGAAUCGUGGAUCUUCCUUUGUUCAAAUGAUGAUAGACCCUUAAUAUGCUUUGGAGCUCCAUUUUUUUUUUUGGUGAAAAUUUGGACAAUUUGGAUUGAAGUUGUUAAAAAAAAAAAAGUGAUGAUAUAUGUGGACCUUGUGGUGAAAGAUUGGUGUCAAAUACCUCAAUGGAUAAAUACGCAAGAGCGACCUUUUUAGUACAAGAAUCUCUUGCAGGAACUUCUAAAGAUGUCAUGAAAGCUCAGUUAAGUUGGAUGUUGGCUCUUAACAGAGUUCGAAAAAGGGAUUCUAAGCAAAUAGAUAAGCAAAGGGAUACCUCUUCCACCGGCAAAAGAUGCAGCCGGCCAAAUCCAAUAGCAGAGCUGUUGCUUUUGAUUUUUCUACUUUGAAAAGCUGAGAGCUCAAGUCGAUCAACAUCUGCAGCAUCCCACAAGUUCAGGAACUGAUCAUGACAAAUGGUCGGUAAAUUAACAUUAUCCCAAUGGAUAACUGAUUGGAAUUUUGUAGUUUGGGGUGUGGGGAAGGACUUGUCCGGCAGAAACAACCCAUUAGCCGACCUUAACAGAGGAAGUUGAAUAAAACUUUUUUGAUUGUCUGCAUUUCACAAUUCUAAUGGCAUAAACCUGUUGAUCAUCUUUACAGGAUAAAUAUUUGAGUGAAAUUUGGCUUCCAAGUAGGUAAUAACACAGAAACAAGCAUAACACAGGUCAUCCCUCUGUCACGGUGACCCAAAGAGUAUUAUAGGUUAGAACUAAACUAAUCAAACUUAGAAAGAUCCACUUAAAGCUCAAAUAAUUCCUUCAUUCUCUGUUUGUAGCUGUUAAUAAGUACACUAUUAUUACUCAUGCAAAGAUCCUUGUGUUCUUUAACUACUGCGCUGCAUGGACAUUCUGGUUACAUUUUUCUUUGAUAAUUUUACCAGUUGCUAGUACUAUCUUCUUAAUGACUUCCAACUUUUUAAAUUGUGUUCAACAGC